CUCGCUCAUAGAAAACUCGAAAGCCGCGCGUGAUGAGCUUUGUUUCUUGCCAGCGAUCAUCAUGCAGGUCAUGACUGGACAUUCUUAGCUGCGACAAACGAGGAAAUAAUGAACCAGAAGGGGGACAGGGAAACGUUGAUUUGGAAUAAGGUAACCUUCGAGUCAACGACCGGACUGAAGGGAAUAUGUCAGAUCAUCAAGGUUCUGCAAAGAUUGGCAAUAUGGUCUGAGAAGACGUACUGGCCCUGGUGCAAGAGGCACGCCAUGAAGAAUUUCCAAGAGAAUCAGAACCAGGCUUAAC